AUCCAUAGAAGACAUCAUGUGAAACACCAGAUUUAAAAGAUUUUAGCUAUUUGUCCCCGUAGCCCAAACGGGCAGAGUUUAGUCUAGCAUGAGACAGCAGAGGGUGAGCACCCUAGUUUUCACACACUAAAGGUGAGGUUGAGGGCCACUAAAGCACUAAGCCAAAGAUUGCAGAGGUGAAAACCAUCACGCACGCAGUAUGUUCAAGACCAGCUACCGGCAUGAGGUGCGCAAGCAGAAGUACGAGCGCACUGAUGUCUUCGAAGAGCCCAGCAGCCCAGAGAUGGAGUCGGCUCCGGCCAGCGGGCCCUCGACAGCAGCCGUCCAGGGCUGGGAGAGCCUACAGGAGCUGAACAGCCGCUUUGCUCGUUACAUCAACCGGGCACGCGUGUUGGAGCAGCGCAACGCUGUGUUCCGCAAACAGCUGGAGACUCUUCAGCGCAUGGAGGAGGCAUCAGGACUGGAGGACGCCUUCAGCGAGCAGAUCAGCGUCAACAGACAGCGCAUCCGGGAACUGCUGUCAGACCGAGCUAAGCUGGAGAGAGAGCUCAAAGACGCAGGGCGCAUGCUGGAUGAGUACAACAGCAGAUACAGAAAUGAAUGUGAAUAUCAAGAGCAGCUGCGGCACAAGCUGGAACAGCUGAAUAAGGAAGCCAACACAGUUCUAUUGAGAAACCUUGAGUAUCAAAUCCAGCUGCAGUUCCUGCAAGAUGACGUCAACGCCACCAAAGAGUGGCACAAAAAGGACCUCGCCGAAAUCCAGACGUAUCUAAACAUCCUGCACCAGAUCAACCAGACUAUUCCCCUCAUGGCAAGCACGUCUGUCUCAGAGGAUCAAGACAGGCUGAUCGCUCAGAGGCGCGUUCCAGCGCUGCGCAGUCAGCUGGAGGAGUACAAGAGCGCCACCUGCCAGCUCCAGGUGCAGAAACAGCGGCUGCAGACAGAGACCUCUGUGUUGGAACAAACCAUCAAGACCACCCAAGAGAGCUACGAUGACAAGAUCCAGCAGUACAACGAACAAAUCGAGACGCUCAGGAAGAAGAUUGAAGAGGCUGAGAGGUUACUGGAGAAAUACACAGAUAAGUGUCGACAGCUGUCCAUGAACCAGACCUCUCUGGAGAACGAGCUUGAGCGCUAUCAGAGAAUCAUCGAGAAUGAAGACAACAGAUUGAACUCAGCAAUAAUUGGGACACCCAUAACUCUGUUCACAACCAAUUAUAAAUACAGCCAUAGUCCUAGCAUGACCAGGAAAGGAAAAGAUAUCACCCAAGUCAUCCAAGACAUCACCAAUGUAAAGCCUCGUCAGAAGUACUUGGCUAAGAAAGUGUGUAAAAAGAAAGAGAUCACAUCCAAAGGAGCUAGUGGCCUUGAGGAGAAGCCAGCAGAAGAAUUUGAAGAGGACGAGAAAGAACAGUUGAUGGAGGAGCAGUGGGUGGGAAGUGAAGGGCAUGUUCCUCGUGAGGAUGUGCCUGAUGGCGCCCAGAUCAGCAAAGCCUUUGAUACGCUCUGUAGCAUCAUACGUGGCCGCAUGAGGAAGGUAAGGAGACCAGAGCCGAUUGCUGACUUCUUCACCAAGGGACGUUACGUAUUAGUGACAGGUGACUCUAGCUACCUUGACCCCUGCUUCUUUUCCACUACCCCUUCUGCCUCUCACGUCUAUAUUACAAUCCAAGAUGGCAUGAUGCCUUAUGAUCCAUACUGGAGAGGUACACCCUCACCUGUCCCAAGCCCCAUAUCUGGACCAACACCCUUAACCCCUUCCACACCUUCAGAACCAGAAACAGGAAAAGAUGAUGGAUAUACGAAGAAGGGUGGAAAUGGGGAGAGGGAAAAGGCCAAAAAUGGAGAGCCUCAUCCAAAGGUGACAGAACCAGAACCGAGCCCCAGUCCACCACCAGGCCCUCAUGAUGACAAAGGCCCCAGCCCUCCUCCAGGCCCCAGGCAGCCCUCACCCCAACGUGGUGGCAAAAGCAAGACCCCGGAUGAUCCCAGCAGCUUUCGAUUCCCUCCACCCAUGCCAUCGCCCAGUUCCAUGCCCCCUGACUCCAUGAGUUAUGAGAAGGUAGAAGUAGUGGAGUCAGUGGAGAAGCUCUCACCUGACAAAAAAGUGAAGGGCUAUGAAGAGACAACCACAGUGGUGGAGACCAUGAUCGAGAAGACCAGCAGAAAGAAACACGCUGAUAGAUCUUCUUGAAACCCCUCAAACGUUCCGCACAUUCUAUCCAUUCCUGCCUCGGACCUGCUCCAGUUUUGCUUCCUGCUUGCUGUUGACGAGAUUCCUAGUGGUUCGCUGUUAACUUCCUGCAGCAUUGCACCACUGCCUUUGGCCUUUACUGUCUGAAAACUUGGGAAGCCAAAAAUUAAACGCCCCGUAUUCCCUCCUCACACAAAAGUAAAUUUGGUAACUAAGAACCUUGACACAGAAAAUAUUAAUUGCCUGUUUCAAUUGGAUUCACAGGCUCUAUUCCAAAACCUAGUGAGCCUUCUAGGGCACCAUCCUUAUCGAAACUGAACCUGAACUUCUUAAGCGAUUGAUUUGGAACGUUCUACCUAGAGCUAUUUACAAAGUGCACAGAGGAAUUUCUGUUCAACAAAUGAUUUCAAAAGAGUUUGGUGUUACCUUGUUGCUAAGCUAGUGAAGUAUGCGCAUACAUUUAUAAUCAUAAAAACAAAGGGCAUACAAAUGGUACAUUUUCAGUUUUAUAUUAUAUAUUCUGCAUUUUCUCUUGCUUCAUCUGCCAUCUUGGAUGGAUAUUUUACUCUGGGAUUGCAUUCUCUGCCAAAUAUACUUGCAAUGCUGCCUUAGAAUUUUUCACAUCUCGGUAUUGUAGGACGCAUUGAACGAAAAUUUGUCUACCUUUUGGAACAGCCUUGUCAUCGGAAGCACACCUAUGAUGACUUAAAAUGCUGCCUAGGUAGGCAGUUCCCUAGGUUGUGGAAUAGAGCCAUACAGCUACCCCAAUUAACAUGUACAAUAUCACCCUCUCUUGCCCUUACUCUCAGGUCAAACCAAAGCAAAUGUUUAGAAUUUUACUUGCUACUAUUUUGUUCAAUUUAAGACACCAGCAUUGCCCACCACAGUCUUGAUGUGUAUUAACUGCACCACAAAUAAACAUCAAAACCAAA